CCCAUGGCUUCCUCAAACUGCAUCUGAAAAUGAUGUGUCCAAAUAGGCAGCAUUCAUCAAACAGCACACUGCCCUAUCCCAUGAUUCCACUGGAGCCUAAGAAGAAUUCGAGGUUGAGGGAUGUCAUUUAACAAUGGCGGAGAGCAGAGGGGACAGGAGAGAAGGGCCUCUCACAGAAUGGGGUGGAUGUGUCAUUACCUUGUCAGCUGUUGGAUAUGGUGUUCCCUUCUCUCCAUGGGGAAUACUGAAGAACAGCUGGAACUGGGCGGUCCCAAAGAUUGCAAGAAUACUGUCUUCGUUCCAGGCUACAACCUUGGUGGAGAGGGCUUUGACGUAGUGAAAAUGGAGCGAAAAAAGUCUUACGUCAUCAACAUGGAGAAGUGGAACAUCGGGAACAGCGGCUGCAAAAUGUACAGGAACGCAUACAUGAACAAUGCAAGGCAGAAGAUACCUGCGGCUGUGGUGCACUGGAGAACACUCCCAAAGUGUUCAAUGAAGGUUUCCAGCCAGAUUUAUGAUUCGAGUGAAGCUCUUGUGAAAGACUCUACUUCGCCAAUCUCAAACAACUGGAAAACUGGACUUGAUUUGAUGUUUACAGGUUUAGGUUCGCUAGGAGGCACUCAUUCCCGUGAAUCACAAUUCGGUAUGAAGAAGUCAAAGGAGGACAGUUUCAGUUUCACCAAGCAUGUUGUCGAAUGCAGCUUCUACAGCUACAAAAUAAAAUCCUCACCCCCACUGCAUCGCGAGUUUCUUCGGGCUGUGCAGUCUCUUCCUCGAAACUAUGAUCCACACUCCUAUCAACGCAUAAUUGACAUGUUUGGCACACACUUUACCACAGGAGUGGAGUUGGGUGGGAAGAUGAAAGCAGUAACAGCCAUCAGAUCCUGCAAGGCAACAAUGAAUGGACUUUCGGACACAGCAGUCAAAGACUGUUUGGACGUGGAAGCAUCAGGCACAUACAAUGGUGCUACUUUGAGGGAAGAGUCCCUAGAGUGUCAAAGGUUACAGAAGACCAUGGGAAAUGAAAAAUUCAGCUCAAUGUUUAAUGAGCGACAGACAGAGAUUACAGGAGGGAACAUCAAUGGUGAGGAUCUCCUUUUCUCCAGAGCCUCACAUCCAUAUGCUCUAAAUCGGUGGCUGAACUCCCUGAAGACCAUCCCAGAUGUUGUGAGAUACACCCUUAAACCCCUACAUUCAGUGCUGAACUUAAGGCACCCUGCCAGGAACGGAAUAAAGAAGGCCGUAGAAAAUUAUAUCCGUGCAAAUGCCUUAAAAAAAGUUUGCUCUGAAUCUUGUAAGAUAGGGGCUAGGGGUAGUGCAAGAGAUCGCUGUGCCUGCGUUUGUGAACCAAAUCAAAAUAUACAGUCCAACUGCUGUCCUGUUGGAACAGGUCUAGCCACACUGAGGGUCUUCAACCUACGAGCCAAAGGUUUAUAUGGAGACACCUUUACUAAAACAGACGGCUCUGUACUAGUCAGAUACGAUCGAAUAGUACAACGCACUGCAGUAAUUACAAACAAUGACAAUCCCCGCUGGAAAGAAUCGUUUGAGUUUGGUCCUAUCAAAAUGUCGAACAACAAAACAAUCACUUUCGAAGUCUACGAUGAAGACACUUACUGGAACAGUGACCUUCUUGGAAACUGCUCCUUUCCUCUUACAAGCGGACAUGUGAGUAAAACAUGUUACUUCCAGUAUGGCACCUUCUUCUUCUCGUAUACUGUAAAAUGUGCUCCUAGUCUGCAGGGUCCAGAGUGUGCAGAUUACAGUCCUUCUCCGAUGGCCACCCCUCUGGCCAAAAUAUUCCAUUCCAGAAACGGCAUCCUGGCUAAAGAUAUGUGGAAGUUCCAGGCUGCCCAGAAUUACUCUGAUAACAUCUACUUCAAGGAUAAAUAGUGAUUAAAAAUCAUG